GCGGCUGCGGCGGCGCUGGCGCGGCGGCUUCCCGCGGCGGAGGGGACCCCGGGGCACCGAGCCCCCCGCCGCCCCCCGCCACGGACCAGGACCCGGAGCGCCCGGGCCGGGCCCAGCGGGGGCCGCGCGCCCACCUGCCCCUGGCGCGGCGCCCUCGCGGGCCCAGCGCAUGAGCAGCCCGGCCCGCUGACCACCGCACCGCCGCUGUCCACCCCGUCACGGCCACGCCAUGUCCGGCUCCUACGAUGAGGCCUCGCUGGCUGCAGAGGAAACCACAGACAGCUUCUGGGAGGUGGGGAACUACAAGCGGACGGUGAAGCGCAUCGAUGACGGCCACCGCCUCUGCAAUGACCUGAUGAGCUGCGUGCAGGAGCGCGCCAAGAUCGAGAAGGCCUACGCCCAGCAGCUCACCGACUGGGCCAAGCGCUGGCGCCAGCUCAUCGAGAAAGGCCCACAGUAUGGCAGCCUGGAGCGCGCCUGGGGGGCCAUGAUGACGGAGGCAGACAAGGUGAGCGAACUGCACCAGGAGGUGAAGAACAACCUGCUGAACGAGGACCUAGAGAAGGUCCGGAACUGGCAGAAGGAUGCCUACCACAAGCAGAUCAUGGGCGGCUUCAAGGAGACCAAGGAGGCAGAGGACGGCUUCCGCAAGGCCCAGAAGCCCUGGGCCAAGAAGAUGAAGGAGCUCGAGGCGGCCAAGAAGGCCUACCACCUGGCCUGCAAGGAGGAGAAGCUGGCCGUGGCGCGGGAGAUGAACAGCAAGUCCGAGCAGUCCGUGACCCCCGAGCAGCAGAAGAAGCUGCAGGACAAGGUGGACAAGUGCAAGCAGGAUGUGCAGAAGACCCAGGAGAAGUACGAGAAGGUGCUGGACGACGUGGGCAAGACCACCCCGCAGUACAUGGAGGGCAUGGAGCAGGUGUUUGAGCAGUGCCAGCAGUUCGAGGAAAAGCGGCUGGUCUUCCUCAAGGAGGUGCUGCUGGACAUCAAACGCCACCUCAACCUGGCGGAGAACAGCAGCUACAUGCACGUGUACCGCGAGCUGGAGCAGGCUAUCCGGGGGGCCGACGCCCAGGAAGACCUCCGAUGGUUCCGCAGCACCAGCGGGCCCGGCAUGCCCAUGAACUGGCCCCAGUUUGAGGAGUGGAACCCAGACCUCCCUCACACUGCCGCCAAGAAGGACAAAGUUCCCAAGAAGGCCGAGGGGGCAUCGCUGAGCAACGCUGCUGGGGCGGUGGAGUCCACCUCGCAGGCAGGAGACCGUGGCAGCGUCAGCAGCUACGACAGGGGCCAGACUUAUGCCACAGAGUGGUCGGACGACGAGAGCGGGAACCCGUUCGGAGGCAACGAGGCCAAUGGGGGCUCCAACCCCUUCGAGGACGACUCCAAGGGCGUGCGCGUCCGCGCCCUCUACGACUACGACGGCCAGGAGCAGGAUGAGCUCAGCUUCAAGGCCGGAGACGAGCUGACCAAGCUGGGCGAGGAGGACGAGCAGGGUUGGUGCCGCGGGCGGCUGGACAGCGGGCAGCUGGGCCUCUAUCCCGCCAACUACGUGGAGGCCAUCUAGCUGCCCGGCUCCCCACACACUCCCCCUCGCCUCUCCCUCACCGCGCCCUCCUCCCGCCCCCUCCCACGCCAUAGAGUUCCAGACAUAUUUUCCGAUCAAGCUUUUAUUUUUUUAAACGUCAAAACAGAACAAAACAAAAACUACAAAGAGACAGAGCGUUUGCAGGGCCGCCUGGAGGCCAGGGCCCCAGGGCAGGUGAGGGUCUUAGCCCGCCAGACGUCACAUCUGCUCUCCAGACCCCACCGGAGUGUCUCCUGAGCCGGGAGGGGCGGCUCCUGGACCCUUCUGUCAGCGCGCAUCCC